ACAACUUCAAGGGAUAAGUUCAACUGAAACAGGAGAACGAGAGAGUGGUGAGAGGAUUAUAAGGAUUAUGAAAGAACAAGGAGAAGGAGCCAUUACAGCUGUGUUCAGUGCACUAAAAAUUCCAAUGUUCACACCUGCUGAGCUUUCCUUUCUGGCAGAGUAUGUGAAGACCAUGAGCCCAUUUGCAAAGGCAGUUGAUGUCCUUCAGGGAGAGGCCAGUGUGCAAAUGGGAUGGCUAGUACCUACAGUAACACUACUCAAGACCAAGCUCCAGCACCUUCGCAUUUCCUCCAAAUUAUGUGGUCCUUUGGUGGAUGCUCUUCUUGCAGGACUUGAAAAGCGUUUUGGACAGAUGCUUACUGACCCGGAGUUAAUUGCUGCUGCCAUUCUUGUCCCAAGGUUUAAGACAUGCUGGACAGAAGAUGAAUGCAUCCUUAAACUUGGCCUUGACUAUAUUAAAAGUCAUCUGAAGGAACAGCCUGUGGUGCAACAAGGAGAGACCUCCCCUUCCUCUGAAGAGGAUGAUUUCUUUUCUCUGAUCAAGCAGUCCCAUUCCCAAGAAAACGCCAAACAGCUGGAGUCCUACCUGAGCUGCCCAGCUGAGACAAUGGAUGUACUGAAGUCUUUCCCAGCACUGUGCAACAUGUCAUUAAGGCUCAAUACACCACUGCCAGCCUCAGCUGCCUGUGAGAGGCUUUUCAGUACUGCUGGACUGAUUUUUACAUCAAAAAGGGGAUCCCUUGAUUCAAAGAACUUUGAAAAUCAACUGUUGCUGAAGCUAAACAGAAGAUUUUGGUAGUUAUGUAGUGUGUGCCUUCAACUUUUGUUUUUGUUGAUUUUGAAGGGGCUCACGUUUUGCUAUAUUGACUUUCUGUUCAAGAAAAUGCCUUUAACAGAUGGGAUAUUUACUAGUUCUGAUGUGUGGAGCACAAGCACUGACAUCAACAUUUUGUCAGAAGUUCCUUAAGUAAGUCUGUUACUGCAGUACCAAUUGCCAGUCUGACUGCAGCAAUAUUACUGUAGGUCAAUGAAACACUUAAGUGGAAAUUUAUACUUUGCUCUCCAUGUGUUCAGUAGUCUUUAUCUUAAACCUAUAAGGUUUGGUUCUUUUUGACAAUGUUCUGUAUAGUGUAGGCCUGGGAUCAAGUAUAAAUGUUUAUGAUCCAUAUAAUGCUUGU